CUAGAUGUGUGAAGCAUGUGCGCUGCCAGUGACAGCAGCGCGGGCCGCUCCGCACGCCGCUCCGCCGGUGGGCCGGGCCGGAGGCGUGUCCUCACAGCAGCGCAGCAAUGCCCCGGCAUACAUUUUGCUAUCACUCUUAUAUCCAACUUUAAAUGCGGGCUUGUAAACAUUAUCACCUGCUUUCCUUCUGAAGCGGCUUGUGAAGGCGUCCUGGCGGUUAGCAUGGCAGGCUGUGGAGAAGUCGACCAGUCAGUGAAAGCCCUAGCUGCCCCAAAGCUGGUCGACGAUGUAGGAGACCCUCGCACUACUGACUCUCCCUCCUCCACCACCGCUCAGGAGUGUGCCAUCUGCUUGCAGAGCUGCAUCCACCCUGUUCUCCUCCCCUGCCGCCAUGUCUUCUGUUUCCUGUGUGUCAAAGGUGCUUCCUGGCACAGCAAGCGCUGUGCCCUCUGUCGACAGGAAGUCCCCGAGGACUUCUUGGAGCGUCCGCUGCUCCUCUCCCCCGAAGAGCUUAAAGCAGCGGCCGCAGGGGUGAGCCGAGGAGGCGGGCUCAGUACCCACGGAGACUAUGCCUGGUACUAUGAGGGGCGCAAUGGCUGGUGGCAAUACGAUGAGAGAACCAGCCGUGAGCUGGAAGAGGCCUUUUCCAAGGGCAGGAAGAGCACCGAGAUGUUGAUUGCAGGGUUUCUGUAUGUGGCCGACCUGGAGAACAUGGUGCAGUAUCGGCGCAAUGAGCAUGGCCGCAGGCGGAAGAUAAAAAGAGACGUUGUGGAUAUCCCCAAGAAGGGGGUGGCGGGGCUGAGGCUGGACCCUGAACCUGCCCACCUCCCUGCUUCACCAGCUGUCACUGCAGCAAUCACAGAGCGUGUAAGCUCAGCCGACGGAGCGGACACUACAGGCCAGACACAAUCUGCAGGCUUUGGAAUCAUGGUGUCUGCUCCCCCAGUUAGACCUCCGACUGUCCUGGGUGGGCACCUUGUCACUCCUCAGUCUCACACCCCCCUGUCCCUGGAAGAGUCUCUCUCCCAGCUCCUAAUCAGUCAGCCGGGUGGCGACGAGGUGGAAGAUGAUGACGAGCAAGCAAGUGGCAGCCAGGCGUACGAGUUUGCAUCGGGCAGCAGCGAGGGUGAAGAGGAGGCGCACGGGUGGGAGAGAGGGAGGGCAGAAUCAAUGCCACGCCGAAGGCACAGGCAGAGACUGUUAGGGAGGCAGCUAAGGGAGACGCAGCCAGACCGGAUGCCUCCAAGAGGUGGGCCGUCCAGCUCAGCUCUCAGUAUGCGCUCCCGUAGCCCUGAUGGACAGUGCACUGUGACUGAAGUGUGACUGCAACUGUUGUCCAAAUCACAGUUCCUAAACUCUUAUCAGUUCAGCAAAAAAAGUGUGUAAAGCAAAUAAUGCCUCUCCAACAUGUAACUAAAGCCUGUUUUUGCUGUUGAAGAUGUCAAAAGCUAGUAUUAGCCAGCAAUAUAGCAAAUAAUAUAUUAGAAGGAAGCGAUGCACAACGUAAUUUGUUUGGCAGUGUAGUUGUGCAGUGCUCUCAACAAAAAGCUACACAAUAGACAGUGUUUUUUUUUCCCCUUGACAAAAAAAAAAGACUUUUGCAAGAGAUUAAAGCAAAAGCUCUAAGGCAACUUCCAGCAGUGUUGUCUGGUAGAGUUGCCCAAAAAUACCCUCUGCCAAUGCCUUUACAUAACCUUGUGACAUUGUGCGAUGCAACAUCUCUUAAAUCAAAUGACACCCACUAUGCUCUUUUCUCUAAUAGUUUCAGCUAAUUGAUAUGGCUUGGUAUUUCUAAGAGUUCUCAUUUUUGAGUGAUGGUGUAACAGUCCAGCUUAAAUGUAGCACCUUAUGUUUAACAGAUACACAGGGCUAAAGCUGCGUACUUUUUUCCUGCUUUGCUGAUUAGGAUUUUUUGAACUGCAAAAACAACGGCGUGCUCAUUCGGCACCUUACUAAUAACUGUUUGAAACAGUCAAGAGAGUUUAUGUGUGCAUAUGUUUGUAUGUGUGUGAGACGCUCUAUUUUAAUCUCCAAGCAAAAAGUCUGUUUUAAUAAUGACGCGUGUUUGUGUUGUUCUGAGGGGUGUUGGGUGCUGAAAAGCUACUGGCAGAACCACUGGAAAGUAUUAGGCCAUAUGUAGAGGGACAAAUUUGGAUGUCUAUUUCUUGUCAUGGUACUCUCAAUAGGACUGCCAUCAAAGCAGGGAUUGGCAUGUACUCUUCACUUGGAGGAACUAGUUGUCCUAACACAGUUUGAGUCUCUUUUGCUCCAGCUGGUAUCAUUUUGACUGUCAAACUUUCAUUGUCAGUGUCUUAAUCCAGAUGACCUAAAAACCAGCUUUCCCCGUGUGGUGUAGUCCCUGUGGUGUUUUGUGAUGUUAUUAAAAGUGUUUAUCUAUAAUUUAAAA